AUGUCUCUCCUGUAUGUGCUGAGACAGGCAGCUAAGAGCACCAAAAACAAACUAGCAAAGUGUUUACUAAUAAGAAAAUCUCUUCUCUUGCAGGUUGUUGGUCUUCUCUUGCCCAACCAGACGCUGGCAUCCACUGUGUUUUGGCAGUGGUUGAAUCAGAGCCACAAUGCCUGCGUCAACUAUGCAAACCGCAAUGCGACAAAGCCUUCUCCGACAUCCAAGUUCAUCCAGGGCUACUUGGGAGCUGUCAUAAGUGCUGUCUCAAUAGCAGUGGGCCUUAAUGUUCUGGUUCAGAGAGCAAACAAAUUUACCCCUGCCACUCGUCUCUUGAUCCAGAGGUUUGUGCCAUUCCCUGCAGUCGCUAGUGCCAAUAUCUGCAAUGUUGUCCUGAUGAGGCACACAGAGCUGGAAGAAGGAAUUGAUGUUUUGGACAAUAACGGAAACAUUGUCGGGUCUUCCAGAAUUGCUGCAAAACACGCACUGCUAGAAACAGCCCUGACUAGAGUGGUCCUGCCAAUGCCUAUACUGGUUCUACCUCCAAUUAUUAUGUCCAUACUGGAAAAAACAUCACUCCUGAGGUCCCGUCCCCGGAUGAUUCUCCCAGUCCAAAGCCUUGUGUGCCUCGCUGCCUUUGGCCUGGCUCUACCCUUGGCCAUCAGUCUCUUCCCGCAGAUGUCCGAGAUUGAGACAUCUCGGCUGGAGCCAGAAAUUGCAAUGGCCACCACCAGUAAGACUGUAGUCUACAACAAGGGAUUGUAAGUGGAAGUGGACCAUCUCAGCCCGGAAGACUUCGGGUGGGAAAGGGGGAAACUUGAGAUCCCAACUGGGAAAAAGAAAACAACAAGAUAAAACAAAUAAUAGAGCUCAGCGAUAGUAACGUAUCACCACUCCUGGCAAACUGGGAGUAAAUUAACACUUGCAGAGAACUGACACCUCACACCAGUCAAAAAGAUUAAUAUUAAAAGUUUUAAAUUAGCAACAGGAGCAGCAACAAAAAAAAAUUACAUUCAAACAUUUUAGAGAACUAGCUAACGAAGAAUCUCAGAACUUAACUAGCACUGCAUGGAGGGAUGUUUAACAGCGUGUUUACAUGGUUAUACCUAACUACAUGAAAAUAGGCUUCACUGAACAGAUUUUGUUUUAAUGUGAAUUAAAUCUCCACACUGACACUGCACAAAAGUAAUUCUGUAGAGAUCAACAGGUGCAUGAAUGUGAAGCGCUUGGUAGGGUGUUUGAUAAGUGUCCUGUAUCGAUUUCAUACCAAUCCUGCCCCAGUGAUCAUGCACAAAAGCAACCUUCCAUGGUUGAGCGUGCAACGCUCCGUUAGCACAGUAAAGGUCAUAGCCUGUGCACCCUCCAUCCCUCCCUCCUUCUGCUGCAGAUGGUCCUGGUGGUGUCCUGCCAUUCAUUGCACUUGGAAGACUUCGUGUCACAGGAGCCUUUUGCCCAGGGUUCAAGAUACUAGAAAGCCAACAUGCCCACACGCCCACACAUUGAAUAGGGAAGGAUCUUACAGCAAAAAUACAAUUGAUCUGCUCUUUUCCUUCGCACAAGGAAAGACACAAAGGAUGGGGUUCAUCCUACCUUAGAAGUAAGGUAGUUGAUCUAAACUAAUCGGCUAUGCCACACUUUGCUAAGCUUGUCAUCUGAGGACAUAAUAUGCCUAACUUGUGUCAGCCCUGAAUUGGUCACAGUUGGACUAGAUGAUGUAAGUCCCUUCCAACUGGAACUCCUCUCCUCUCCUCUCCUCUCCUCUCCUCUCCUCUUCUUCUUUCUCUGUAUUUACCAACACUGUAAGACGUUAAAGUCAAAAUGAUGGGCAGGACGGCUUCACCUGGCAGCCAUGCCAAGCUGAUGGCUUCAUGAGACUGCAACCUCAGAGGGGUGUACUGCCCUCUGGAGAUGAUUGCCUGUCUGUCUCUUCAGCUACUCCACUCUGGGGUGCUUAAAGUGGGGUGGAGCAAGUCCUCCCAGCACUGCACCCAUGCUCUCCAUUGGGUUAGGGGCCAUAAUUUGGCUUUCUGGUAUCUUGUACCCAAGAGUAAACCCUGAGUGACUUCCUGAGGACCAGAGGAGGAACACAGAUUUUGAACAUGGUCACCAGCAGAAGACCGUGCCGAUAGCGAGAUUUGCCUCUGGGAUCAUUGUAGGGAUGGAGCCAUGGUGGUGAUGGACAUAGCUGAAUGCACAGGCUGUCAUCCUUCAAGUGCCAAUUUGUUGGGGGCUUUGGGGAGGGUGGGGGGAGGAUGGGAAAACCAAAUUGCCACUGACACAGAAUGUAUUCAAAGGAUUUAUUGCAAUGCCUGAAAUCAGGAGGCCUGAGCACCACUGUGUGCUCCUCCUCCACUGGCUGUUCUGACUCCCUGCUGGAGUCAGACCAGUAGGAACUGGAGUCACACAAUGCUCAGGCCAGCUCAGGAAGACUGAUUCUGUCCCCACACUGGUGUAAAUCAGGAAAAAUUGCAUGGAACAAAUCAGUUUUGUGGAUUCGCAUGCCAGCGUGCAGGGGAGGAGAGGCCAGCUCCGGGCUCUCUACAGCUGCUGUUCAUGGGCCAGCUCCCGGCCCCUGACACUGGUGGCAACACAGAGUGGGUCCAGUUACACUCAUGAAGCUGUUCUGGAUUUACACCAGGGUAAGGGACAGCUGAAUUGGACCCAGUAAAGUUCCUCUAAUGCACUAGAUGAGAUGAAUGUACGCUCUGGAGGAAGCGAGGCCACCCCAACUGCUCCGGGUGGGAUUUGGAGGGGCUGCAGGGAGGUGGCAUCUGUCCUAUGGACAUUUUCACGGGCACCUGUCCUACGAGCAGCAUAGCACAGAAUUAGGCCCCAUGUUUUGCCCUGGGGGCGAGUAACUCCCCACAGCAGUGUAAGAGUGGGGCAGACCUCCAGCCCCAGGAAGGGGAGUGGGGAUGCUGGCAAUCCCCAAACGUGGGAGCUGCUGGUAGGAGCUACGGAUGGGAGCCAUGACCACAAGGCUUCGGAGAGCCAGCUGGGAUGAGCCGUGUGCCUGAAAAGGUCGCUUUCCAUUGCUGCAGGGGGUGGGAGGAGGCGAGGACCGCUGUCGGAUGCUGGGGGUACCCACUUGCACCCACAUCCACAUGUGCAUGCAGGAGGAAAAAAGCUACUCUGAGCCUAAAACUUCAGUUUAUGGCUCCACUUAGCCCGCAGAAGUUAGGAGCCAAGCUGCAUCGUGUUGCACGGAGGCACAACUUGCCGCCUUCCUCCUCCUGAAUGGAAAUGCGAGGCUGAGACAGAAACAGCCUCUUGUGUUGACAGAGAGAAGCCUCCUGGCUCUGGCGUCUGUCUGAGUGGAUCAUUUCCCCUUCCCUGGUGGGUUUUGUCACUGCCUGAACCAUUCUGCUGCAAAGCUUGUUCAUCCCAGGCUUUUUUUUGUGUGUGUGUGUGUGGUUUCAGAGAGGUGGAGCAAGGAGGGAGAUGGUGAUUUGGUUUUACAUCAUGAUCAGGGAUCAAAGAUUUCAGUGGCUGUGAGCUCCGGCUGCCUGCCGGGCCCGCAGGUGAAGCAAGGAUUUUGCUGCAGAGGAAAGGAGUCAGGGCUUUGGAUCCAAGGAAAAGUACAAAUUGGGCAAGUUUUGCCUUGGGAAAGAACCGAUUCCCAGUUUCCUCCAUGAUGGGAAGCAGGUAUGGAUGCUUUCCCUGCACACACACCACCUGCAGAGUUUCGGCUGCACAAGUUGUUAAUUAGCAGGGAUGCUCAUCACGUUAAUCCAGUGAUGCUCAAUAAGAAGUGCGUUGGUUUGGAGGAAAAUAGGCUUGGGGCUUAUUAAGGCACGUGGCUCCUAUGAAUCACGAGGGCCUGAUCCUGCUCAAGCGGGUGAGGACCAGCUUGAGGGGUGUCAGAGGAGCUGUGCUGCGAGAUUAUGGCUCGGCUCAAAAGCAGCUGCACAGUCAAACAA